AUGGUUUUCGGAUCUCGCAACAACAGAGCCUCUGAGGAGGAGCAGCGUGGUCGCAGCCGUGAGCCAGUCCCGCUUAUGGAGAGCAAGCAACGUACCAACUCAUACGCAAGCGAACUCUCUACCUCCACCACAAAGUCUUCGGCUUCUUCCACAGCCAAGGCGUCACGCUCUUGGUUCAAGCCCGCACCACAACCCGCCAACGUCAACGUUCACACCUACUGUGGAAGGCACUCAAGCCAGUUCCUAUUUGGUGGCCCAUCCCUGGUUGACCUCGCUCGAGCCAUGUUGGGCAAGGAUUGA